UAGCCAACAGUUAAAAACAGCUGUUUUUUUAAGUUAACUAAUGACUGGGAAAAUGGCCCUAUACUAGAGAAUUACCAUAUUUAUAUGUAAUCAUACUUUUAUUGCGCUAAAAACCGACAUCAAUAGUUUUCAAACACUAUCGAUAAUGACGAUAGGAUUCAACUAUCGAUAGUAUCCCAGUUCUAGUAGAUCAAAAUCAAAACAAAGUUGGAUAUAAUUCACGCUGUAUGUGCUUGAAUAUUAGAAUUUCCAGAAAUAGAAUUAAAAAUGUCUUCUGAACCCGACAUUGCCAAAGAAGCUGUCCUAAAGCGAAGUGAAAAUAUUCCCGAUGGUACUUCUAUCGUCCAUGGAUACGAUUGGAACCAAGGAGUUGAUUACUCCAAGUUACUGCAAUCAUAUGUUCAUACAGGAUUUCAAGCCACUAACCUUGGGUUGGCAAUAGGAGAAAUAAAUAAAAUGCUUGAUUGCAGGGAAGAACAGCUUAAAUCAGACGAGGAAGAUUUACAUGAAUCAGAUGAAUUUAUAAAAAGGAAGCACAGUUGUACGAUUUUUCUUGGUUUCACUUCCAAUCUGGUCUCGUCGGGUCUGCGUGAAACGUUACGGUUUCUAAUUGAACAUCAAAUGGUGGAUUGUGUGGUGACGACUGCCGGAGGAGUUGAAGAGGAUUUUAUUAAAUGCCUUGCGCCCACAUAUAUGGGCUCAUUUGAAUUAUCUGGCCGUGAUUUACGCGAGCGUGGUAUAAAUAGGAUAGGCAACUUGCUGGUACCGAAUGACAACUACUGUAAAUUUGAAGAUUGGGUGAUGCCAUUACUAAACGAAAUGGUCGAAGAACAGAAAACUAAAGGAAUGGUUUGGUCACCAUCACGUAUAAUAUGCCGGCUAGGUGAACGGAUUAACGAUACCAGCUCAAUAUACUACUGGGCUGCCAAGCAUAAAAUUCCAGUAUUCUGUCCCGCCCUUACUGAUGGAAGUCUCGGUGAUAUGAUGUAUUUUCAUUCUUUUCGUCACCCUGGGUUAGUCGUAGAUAUUUUAUCCGAUUUGCGACGUUUAAAUACAAUGGCCGUAAAAGCAAAAAAGUCCGGAAUGGUUAUAAUUGGUGGCGGUGUGAUUAAGCAUCAUAUAUGCAAUGCAAAUUUGAUGAGAAAUGGUGCUGACUUCUCAGUUUUCGUUAACACUGCUUCUGAAUUUGAUGGCAGUGACAGUGGUGCCCGACCGGACGAAGCUAUAUCCUGGGGUAAGAUACGAAAGGACGCCACACCAGUGAAACUUUAUGCGGAAGCAAGUUUAGUAGUACCUUUGAUUGUUGGAGAGACGUUCGUCAAAAGAUAUUUUAGUAAAAUCAAGAAAAGUGAAAAUUAACAAUAAAACAAUUAAAUAUAUAAUUCGAAUUUGAUGUGUUUAGCUGAAAACGCAUUGAUCCGAGCGGCUUAUAGAGCUACCCAAAGGUUUGACAAACCAGUUACAUAUUCGUACUCGUAAUGGUAGCAUGAAGUAAAUGGACACUUUGGCGUUGAAGAAAUAUGUUUUAGUGUGUCUUCAUGUAAAUGUUUAUUGCUCAUGGUCUUAUUUAUAAUUUACAGUUCUCCUCUACAGUAUGGACGACAUUCAGGGAAAACAGUUAACGUUUCCCCGACUUUCCGCAUUCAAGACUGCGUAAUCCGAAUUACCCCGAUUUAUAUCUGGCCAAGGACUGUCAAUUUAUAAAGCCUCUUUGGGAAAUUGUAUGCUGUUACAACAGCAACAACCAAUACGUGUGAUGCUUUGGGUCACGACGGAGAAGCCCUGGAUCGUCCCCAUAAAAAGUCUCGUAUGAGACCCGUCUGAGAACAAAAUU